AUGGAAGAAAAUAAAAAAAAAAAAGAAAUGGAAAAAAAAUUUUCCGAUGGAAAAACGACGACGACAACGACGACGAAAAAUUCAAACGACGAAAAAGGAAAAUCAAAAAAAAAAAUUGAUGGGAAAGAAAAAAAAAGUGCCAAAGUUUUCCAAUUUCCCAAGGAAUUUUCUUCUCUCUCAUCUUCUGAAGAUAAUAAUAAUUCGACAUCAAACAUACCAUCUAAACUAAGAAAUAAUUCUUCUCUCAAAUUAAAUAAAAUUCAAAACGACGACGACGAUAAGAAAAAUAUAUGCGAUUUAAAAAAGGAAUCGUCUCCCGGAAAAUCAGGAAGUGAAUUCUAUAAAUACGUCACGGGUUGUUACGUUUGCGGAAGUCAAGUUCCGGCAAAUUUAAGAAUAAAACACGAAAAAGAAUGCAUACAAGAAUGGAGACAACAAAAUAGUUUUCUAUCACCAAAGGAUAGAAAACCGGAACCAGUGAGACCGGAUUUUAGGUUUACUGAAUCUGGAGAUUUAGAUUGCGAAGGAACCUUCGAAUCGAUUUGGGCAAAUCAUCAAGAUUCUCUUGUACCUUGUAAAAAAUGUGGACGAACAUUUUUUCCAGAUCAAUUAGUAUAA